AUGAUUAUCAGAUGCUUGCAGUCGGGUGUUUUCUGGCUGCAAAGUGCCCACGUCUCUCCUCUCCUGCGUGUGUGCAGCGCUGCAGCAGCUCGGAUGAGACAGAGAGGACGCUAUCGCAUCUCAGAGCACAGCAUCCAUCUGUCUGAGCAGGGCGACAACCAACAAAAAACACAUCAGUAUUCAACCGAGGUCCGAAGCUCUGUCAUGGCAGGUUUUUCCAGCUAUGCAGUCCGCAUGGCUAGGCUCAGCUCACGUAUUUUUGGAGAAGUUGUGCGUCCAACAGAUUCCAAGUCGAUGAAAGUGGUCCAGCUCUUUAAAGACCCUCCUAUGGCCAAAAGGAAGGAAGUAUAUGACUGGUACCCUCAUCACAAGAUUUACUACGCCAUGACCCAGAAGCUCAGGUUCAUGGGCCUGUUCAGAGAUGAGCAUGAAGACUUUAAGGACGAGAUGCGGCGCCUUAGGAAGCUGAGAGGAAAAGGGACGCCUAAAAAAGGAGAGGGGAAGAGGGCUGGCAAAAAGAAAUAAAGUGCAAUAUUUAACUCAGAACUCAGUUUUUUGUCUGUGGCUUUCUAUGUCACCUUGAAUAACACCUUAGAUCAGCACAUCGCAUAUUGUAGAUGUUCUAUGUCUGUUGUAGUGGACAAAUGCUACCAUCUUAGUGUUCAACAAUACUUUACCAAGUCAGAUAGCAAAUCAGAAGGCAACAUAAAACUUUUUAUUGUGUGCUUCUGGCAUUUCUAAAAACAGAUGCUGGUCUUUUAAAUCUAAACCAUGUCGUAUGACAAAAUGAAAGCUUUACACCAUACAGAAUUUCUGAAAAAUGAAUUGAAGCAUCCACCCUUUGUGUUGUCUAAAGAAAGCCAUUGAUGAAUGUGCAGUGCCAUAAACUAAACUAAUUUAGAGAGGUAUUCUGCUUGCAUAGAGUAAAGAUGUCCUGUCUCACGUAAUACACCUCUUUCCUUUUAGCUACUAUAAAAUAGUUUUUAGUUUUCAUACCAUGUUCAAUAUGCUACCUCAUUUACACAUUGAUCCAUUGAUCCAUCCAUCAUGGAGCAGGUGCUUUGUGUAAAUACACAGAAAGUUAUACUGCUAUUGAAUACACUUUUUGCCACUUUACAGUUGUUUCUCUUCACUGCCUUACCACAAUUGACAAAAUAUUCUAUGAAUGAACCUCGAGAUAAGAACUAUAAAUGUAUUUGGGGAAACAAGGUGAACUACGCAAGUACUAUAGUUAGCUAAGUUAAAAAAAAUUAUAGUCACAUGGAUUAUGUAUGGACACUGCUAAAUAAAUUAUUCUGUAGUCUGUCAUAACAUUACAAGAAUUUAAUUCAUGAAUCAUGUCUUCUUUAAAUGUCUUCAAUUUGUACAUGUGUGGUUCCUACAAACAAUUUCAAAUGAGUUAAAAAUAGGAAAAGUCAAGAUAGUGGCAUGUACCAUGUAACAAGACUGUACGGUACAUUACCUUAGACACUGUUAUCAAAGAAUAUAUAUGUUGAAGCCUGUUCACAAUUCAGCUCAUCUGCUAGAUAAAAAGCUUUUAAAAAAUAAAAUCUAUGACAAUCUCCUCUUUCAAAAAAUAUUUUUGCUAUCAUCCUCUUUGAAAUAAAUGGUCUGGCAGCAAAAUUCCUAAUACAAGUUUGUUAAGUGUUAAAUCUGCAAGAAUUUCAUUGAGCUUGUCAUGGCCGGAACAAAAAUCUUUCCCCGGCAAUUUAACUUGGAUGGAUUUUCCUGCCUGAAUAUUCUGGAUUACUUUUAUGAUUGAGUGUGUAUGUUUGUUUUUUUAUGUGUGGGGCAAUUUUAGAUUAUAUUACCAUGAUCAUUUGAAAACAAUUUUUAUUUAGUGCAACAGUGAGUAUGGGAAAAAUACAAUAAUUUUCUUGUCCAAAGCGUGAUUGUUGACGACAAACCGAUCAGUAUAACGGUAUAAUCUGAGCCACCUUGUUUUUUUACAUUAAUCAUCUGUUUCCAUGACAUAUAACAUUUGAUGUGAAUUUGAAG